ACGUUUUCUCGCUGACAAAGGCAAAUGAAGCCAUGUUUUUGCUUACAAACAAGUAGCGUUCAUACCGCCCCGUUCUGGAUCCUCGCUCGUCCGUAGCAGCACCAGCGAAGAGCCGAACCUCUUCCCCGCUGUCACUGAAUCUGCCGGGAUACUACUGAAGUAGAGUUUAGUUUUCUUUUAGAAAAAUCUAUAAAUGGGAUAUUUUACCCCAAACUGUCUCACAGCUUACUGAAUACACGACGAAGACGAAAGAAGCGUCUGUCGAAGCAGCUUUCGGGAUUAUUUUUUUCCACACUCAGAAAAUGAGUACCGGGGGAAACUCCUGAACCAGCGCUGGACGCGAGGAGACAAGAUCAGCCGCUGCCGGCCCUCUCUCAGACUGCAGAGCCGACCAAUCAAAAUGAGUUUGGAUACUGAUGACAAGCGCACUCGCACACGGUCCAAAGCAGGAAGAGUUCCCUCGGAGAUUGUUGGACAGGAGCUGAGCUGCCCUACUCCAGGAUGCAAUGGCUCAGGCCAUAUCAGUGGCAAAUAUGCCCGACACAGAAGUGCUUUGAGUUGCCCACUGGCCAGAAAAAGGCGCCUACAGGAAGCAGAGUCAGAGCAACCCGCCUCCAAGAGGAAGUCCCACCCGCUGAAGCUGGCAAUGGAUGAAGGCUUCAAUGCAGAGAGUGAGGGGAGCGGAGAAGAGACGGAGUUGAGAGAGGAAGAGGAGGAAGAUGAAGAACGGGCACAGCAGGCUGGCGAUCAAGAGUGUGAAGAAGAGGAGCAAGCAAAACAGAACACAGAGAGCAUUAAUACAGAAGAAGAGGGUGGUGAUGAAGAGGAGUGUAUCAUCAUUGAGGCGUCCAGCACAGACAAGCCCAAGCUCUCAUCCUCUGAGGAUCUCUCCAACUAUCAGCACAUAGUGGCCAACUCAAUGACCCACCUCAACAACCACAACAAUGCUCCCACGUCACCACAACUACAACAGACCGUCACAGUGGAAACACAAGAUAAAAGCCCUUUUAGAGAACCGGAAGAAGAAGAGAAAGAAGAAUAUGAAACAGAGGAAACAAGGAACGAAGUAGGAGUUCUGGUGAAUGGAGCGAUGGGAAAUACAGGGGAGAUGGAAGAUAAAGAAGAGGACAUGCGCACUGAGACCCAGAAGGAGUCAGACCACCAGUAUUUUACUGAGGAGAUGCAGACACAACAGGCUGAAGAAGAAGAAGACGAUUAUGAUGAUGAUGAUGAUGAUGAUAAUGAUGAGGGGCUGAGGUCUGAGAUGCAAAAAGGAGAGACGUACAGGGAGGAGUACAAUGAAGUUAAGUCUGAAGAUGAAGGGGAGAGAGAAGCCCCUUCGGUUAUAACUGCCACUCAGGGAUCCCACGUAAGGGAAGACUAUGUUUCCCACAAACUCACUUUGCCAGAAAGUUACAGCUCCAGUAAGGCCACCACAGCAUCUCCUGUGGUUAUCGAAGUGCAGUCUGAGGAGUCGGAGAGGGAUGCCGACGUGGACGGAAAUGAUGAUGAUGAUGACGAUGAUGGGGACGACGACAGCUUGUCUCAACGAUCAACAGUGGCGGACGAGUCCGAGAUGUUCGACAUAAUGCGGGGGAACCUAGGGUUGCUGGAGCAGGCCAUUGCUUUGAAAGCCCAACAGGUCAAAGCUCAUCGUGAGCUCAGCCGCAUUCCCGAACACCACCGUUUUUUUCCUCUCGAUGACCGGCCCGGCAAACACAUGGAACAUAUCCGCAAGAGCUGCUUUGGAAAAGAGAGCUCUAGAUCAGAGAAGCGAGAGAUCAAAUGCCCAACCCCUGGGUGUGAUGGAACGGGUCACGUGACCGGACUCUAUCCCCACCACCGCAGUCUGUCAGGCUGCCCACACAAAGAUCGGAUCCCUCCAGAGAUUUUGGCCAUGCAUGAGAAUGUCUUGAAGUGCCCAACACCAGGAUGCACUGGUCAGGGUCAUGUCAACAGCAACCGCAACACACACCGCAGUUUGUCCGGAUGUCCCAUCGCUGCUGCCGAAAAGCUCUCGAAGAGUCAUGACAAGCAACACCUGCCCCAGCCCAUGGGCGAGCACAUCAAGGGCAGCCCGAACUCUGACCGCGUACUCAGGCCCAUGUGUUUUGUGAAGCAGUUGGAGAUUCCUCCGCACGGCAGCUACAGGCCCAGCCUCGUCCCCGCCACGCCACGCGCUAAUCUGGCCAAGGAGCUGGAGAAGUACUCCAAGGUGUCCUUCGAUUAUGCAAGCUUCGACGUGCAGGUGUUUGGCAAGCGCAUGCUCGCCCCAAAGAUGCACACCAGCGAAACUUCACCCAAAGCCUUCAAAUCCAAACCUCCAUUCCCCAGGGCCUCCCCCCCAAGUCCCAGCUUGCACGGUGGUUAUGGAAAAAGCUCCUCCAGUGGCUAUGAUUACUCCCAUGAUGCCGAAGCUGCCCACAUGGCUGCCACUGCGAUCCUCAACCUGUCCACACGGUGCUGGGAGAGACCAGAGAACCUCAGCAUCAGACACCAAGAUAAGAGUAUGGAAAUUGAGGUGGAUGAGAAUGGCACCUUGGACUUGAGCAUGAAGAAGCCCAUAAAGAGAGAAGUGGGCAUGCCUUGCGCCAGCCCUGAAGUGCGUUCCCCAGAUCUGUCUUCAUCAUCUUCAUCAUCAUCCACAUCUCUUCACCAUGGCAACAGCAGCAUCUCGCCCCACUCUUUACACACCUACAAACAAGAGGAGUGGGAGGGGCCUCUGGACUACACCAAACCCAAUCGGCAGAGAGAGGAGGAGCUAGAAGAGAUGGACCACAGCGCUCAGUCAUUUGCUUCUUCCGACCCUGAGGAUUGCGACAUGAUGCAGGACGUCCUGGAGGACAGGAAGUACCCCGGAGAGGUCACAACCCCCAGCUUUAAGGUCAGGUUCCAGCCCAAGGACACCAAGAAAGAGCUCCUGCUGUGUCCCACUCCAGGCUGUGACGGCAGCGGACACAUCACCGGAAACUAUGCAUCCCAUCGCAGCCUUUCUGGGUGUCCUCUUGCUGAUAAGAGUCUUCGGUCCCUCAUGGCAGCACACACAGCUGAACUCAAAUGUCCAACUCCAGGAUGUGAUGGUUCAGGUCAUAUCACUGGCAACUACGCGUCUCACAGAAGUUUGUCUGGGUGUCCACGGGCCAAGAAAGGUGGAAUAAAAACAACUCCCAUCAAGGACGACAAGGAGGACUCCGAGCUCUUAAAAUGCCCAGUGCCGGGUUGUGACAGCCUGGGUCACAUCAGUGGGAAGUAUGCCACUCACCGCAGUGCGUAUGGAUGCCCGCUGGCGGCCAGGCGGCAGAAAGAGGGUUUGUUGAACGGGUCUCCAUUCUCCUGGAAGGCGUUUAAGACAGAAGGCCCCACCUGUCCCACACCAGGAUGUGACGGAUCGGGACACGCCAACGGCAGCUUCCUCACCCACCGCAGUCUCUCAGGCUGCCCCAGAGCCUCCCUCAACAAGAAGAAAGCCAAGUUCCCUGGAGAAGAGUAUCUCAGCACUAAGUUCAGAGCCAGUGACGUCUUAGACAAUGACGAAGACAUCAAGCAACUCAAUAAAGAAAUCAAUGAGCUCAAUGAAUCCAACAAUGAGAUGGAGGCAGAUAUGGUCAACCUUCAAACACAGAUCACAUCUAUGGAGAAGAACCUGAAGAACAUCGAGCAGGAGAAUAAGGUGAUUGAAGAACAGAACGAAGCGCUGUUUAUGGAGCUGUCUGGACUCAGUCAAGCUCUUAUACGGAGUCUGGCCAACAUUCGCCUGCCUCACAUGCAGGAGCCAAUCACAGAGCAGAAUUUCGAGAGCUACGUGAGCACCCUAACUGACAUGUACACCAAUAAGGACUGCUACCAGAACCCAGAGAACAAGGCCCUUCUGGAGACCAUCAACAAGGCGGUGAAAGGCAUCAAGGUCUGACUAGGCCAAAAGACGAGAAUGAGAAACAGAAUCGUGGAAGAGAAAUAGAAACGUAGAGCCAUGGGAAGAGCAUACAAAUGACACACAAAAAGGGCAUUCAGGUUUUUUUGAACAACAAUCUAAACCUCCAUCCCAGGGAGCAAUUCUGUGAGUUCAAAAAGAGGUAUAUAAUAUAUAUUACUAUAAAGGACCAAAAUCCACAAAAGCUGCUGGAUUGGAAGGUGAAGAUGGAACCAAAUUCUUUAUUUACAAAGAAAAGGAGAGACACAAACUUAGGUUUCUUUAGUUUUUGCUUUUACAUUCAUACGGUUCUGGAAGAAGGAGCUGGGAGUAGAACCUCCAGAAGAUGUGCUGCCCAGGCUUUAGGUGAAAGAGAGUCUUUUACUCGUUUGUGAGCACGCUGCUCCUCCGAAACAACAAAUGUGACGCUCCAAAUACAAGUGAUCCCUACGUGAGCCCCGGCAGAACAGACAUAUGCAGUAUUUGCUCAUCUUUCCUUCUUUUCCCGAAGAAAACGAAAGUGGUCAUGGGAAAUGAGAUACAAAGUGAGCGAAAUGCGUGUGCAACCAUAUCAGUGCCAUGCGGUUGACUCUGUAAAUUCCACUUGUUGAAACACUACUUUCUUUAUCUCAGCAGCCAUUUUGUUUGUUUGUUUGUUUAUUGGUUUGUUUUGUUUUAGAGCGACACACAGGCACAUUAGCUUGCUCUCCUUUAUUUGUAGUCCUUACACUGUAGGAAUAUUUACCCAGCGUAGUCAUAUCUAUUACAUAUGAACAAUGAGUUGCACUUCAUUUCAGUCCAUUCAACAUCAGACAAGAUGUUGGAUUGUCACUGAUCUAUAAAUUAUACGAAAUUUGUCCAGACUCUACUGUAAUUUAUUUAUAUUUUGUUAUAAUUUAAUUUUAACUGUAUUAUUUAUUUGAAUUCACCUAUUUAAAUAUUCACAGCCCUUCUGUUUAUGAAAAUGUGACAAGGAACUUGCCACAACAAUAUUAGGAAAGAGAGAGAAAAAAAAAAAAUGUACCACUAAUUUUUAUAACUUCUUUUCAUUUGAUGAUAGAGUUUUUAAACAUUUUUUAAGUGCAAAUAUUUUUAACCAACAAUGUUUUGAUAAUUUUGUAAUUUUUUUUUCUCUUUCUCUCUACCUGUAUAUCUAUAUCUAUCUCUAGCUGUCUCUAUUUGCAUUUGAUUUGAUUUGAUUUUUUCGAAUUUCUAACAGCUGAAGGAGAAGUAUAAUCUCUAUUUAUUAUUUAUUUAAUAUUUAUGAUGAAAUUAUGAACUGUGAUACGGUUGUAAUGUAUAUUUAUUUUGUAACGUCUUCGUGUGUUUGUGAAGUCUUAGUAGUCUUGAAGAACCUUUGGCGAUAUAAAAAUAAAGACAAAAAACAUGUUUUGGACUACAGAAUAAAACAUGAUGAUUAUCGAGGGUUUUCCUUAUACCAGCAUUACUUCCUAUAGGAAUGUAAAGAGAGAAAAAAAAGCAAUUCCAGUACUGUGGAACCUACAGCUUUGACUCUUGCCCCGUCCGUCUCAACAGGAAGACGACGUUCUUCUGGAUCUUCUUGUGCUUUUUUUUUUUUUUUUUUUUUUUUUAUACCUCCUCAAGCUCUCAGUAGUGGCCAAAAACUGUUUCCCCUGAACGUUCCUAAUGAAUUGCAAAUGGAUUAUUUUUUCUUUCUUGCUAAACGUAUCUUUAUCAGACCAUGGGAAGCGGGCGUUUUUGUGGCGGGGGCACGGGAGACGAAUACCAACCAUCCUGACAGAAACUCUUGAACCACAAUGUCCUUACUCGACUAGUAUCAAACAAGCAUACACCCGUGUAGCCUUAUACUAGAUUUUUAUUUCUUCGACGCACAAAGUGCCACUGACCUGUGCUUUCGUUACCAACUCCGCCCAUUCAGCACCCACACUACCCUCGGGUCAUGUGACCGUGGCCUAAGUGGGGAUUGUUACAGAUGCCUUUAUUCCUUUGCCGUGAUGGCCAUACCUACACAAUAUAUUCAUUCUGUAUUUAAAAGAAAAAAGACAAAAAAACUAUAUAUAGUAUAUAAACAUACAUAUAUUUUUACAGUGUAAUUGUUAACUCUUUUUUCUCUUAUAAUAGCUAAACAGAAACAAUAUCUUUCCAAAAGCUGUGAGUACUACUAUCCAUAGAAGACUAAAUAAUAUAAAAAAAAAAAAAAAAGACAGACCCAGUUUACUGUGGUUGCAGGAUACGAUGUGUUUUUUUGUAAUAUGUAAACGUACAUUUGUAAAGCGAAGAAUAUGAGGAUGUUUGUAGAGUUUCCUAUUUUCUGGUCCAACCUCACUGGGCCUCUAUAUGUAUGUCAGCCGCAUUAAUGGGACAAUGGUUAACAGAUUAGUCUUAGGCCGUAAUCGUUUAGACGCAUUGUAGUGUGCUGAAAGUUCUCCUCGGUGGAUCUGUCUUUAGUAUUGUACGGUGUUGUGCAGUUCUGGUGGAACACGCCACACUAGAUACGUGUGUAAAAUGCCAAUCAUCGCAAUGACAACUGUAUGACUCAUAAUAGCGAGUUGUGAAAUGAACAUUGUGCCUCUUUUCAGCUGGUCGUUUCGUUAAAUAGUACACAGCGGUCAUGUUGUUCAUUUGCUUUUAUGGCAGCAAUAUUGUGAUGGACAGAACAUGUGUGCACUUUUCAAAAAUCUUGAAUGCCAACUAAUGACCUUUCAUCUAAAAGGUUUUUCUUUAUGUGCGCGCGUGAGUGUGUUGGCUGAUUCUUAUAUUAUUAUUUUUUGAAAAGAUUUUGAAAAAAAGGUACAAAUGGCUAUUCGUUGCACCUAACAGAAUUGGGAUGAAAUAUCGCAAAUGUCUUUGACUUGUUUGUUGUUGUUUAAUGUGAAUCUGUAUCCUGUCUGAAAUGUCAAAUGCCCUUUGACCCAAGUUUUUCUGUUUUUACGAAAAAGAUAGCCCUUAUCCAUCCGAAUCAGAUCUGUUAGCCCUCAGCAACAAGCCCUUUGUUAAAAUGAAAAGAAAAAAAAGAUGUGAAAUGUGCUGGUAUGAGCGUUUGCUUGGAGAUUGUCAUUGACGUGCCCUCGCACAUGGAGAAAACUGAGGAGAUGCAUAAAUCUUUGUCCAUUUCCACAGAAUGUCAGAUCCUCUGCCGGCCUCAUUCGCCUCGUUCUCUGUAACCUUUCCGCGGGAAAGAUGUGUGCGUUGCAUUUCAAUAUCGCAGCAUUUCCUUUGCUUUAAGAGGAAUCUAAAGACCUUGUCUAUCAGUAACAGCAGAAUUUUCAUUAGAGUUCUUCCUUCUGUUAAACUGCGUAGAGGGAAUACUCACUACAGAUGUCAUAUCGUCUUAUUACGAUGGGAGAAACAUUUCUAUCUGCUUAUUGCUGCUGACAUGAGAUAGCCUAAAGCAUGUGUGAAUUAUUCUUCCUCGGUGCAUGCUUCUUAAACGCCUGCUGUCGGUGAUGAUGAGCAGCUAUGAAUGUGAGGUUGAGUGUGUUGAAUCUGCCUAAUAAUGUAGCAUGUUCUCUGGAGCAGUGUAGCAUCUGCAAAUGCAAGUUAGCAUAUGUAAUCCCUCCCCGUGGAACCAAAUAAGGGUUUGUACUUGUAGGGUGACGGAUUGGUUUAGCACCUUGUACUUGAGAGUCCGGCCUUUCCGAGACUUGUGCCAAUUAAAAAGGGUUCCUAUGUAAUUUCAUGAGAAACGAUAACAGCUAAAAAGUCAGAAGGCUUAACACGACACUGUUUAUCCCAUUAAGCUGAUAUAACCAAAACGGCCCUCGCUCUGUAGGUACUGUAGCUUACAGCUCUGUGGUUUUCUCAUGUGUGCCUUUUCUCGCUUCUGUUCGCUGCAGGAAAGGGUGUGUUUACAUUUAAGGACUGGGUUCAAAUCCCACUCAGGACGCCAACUUUUCUCCUAUUUUUUCUUUCCUUGCUUUUUUUUUUCUUUUGGGGGUGGGGUGGGGUGGGGGGGUAAUAGGAAUUCAACAAAGUUGUGAACACCAAAAGCAGAUCAUAUUGAAAUCCAUAUUCAGCUUAUUGUUCGACAUGAAAUAAAUCACAAUAUGUAACACUAUUCUUCCCAAAACUGUGAUUCUGAUUCAGGUAUGAAAUUGUGUGGUGGUUCAUUUCAUCGAGUCUGAAAUAAUCAUGGAACGCAUUUAUGCACGGGCAUUAUCCUGACAACAAUGGGAUUCUGUACAUUUGUAAUAAAGGACAGUGUUGUUGUAUUAAAGAAUAUUUCCAAGUAAAUUACGGAAAAAAACAAACUUGUAUUUUAACCCACGGCCAAGGCUUGUCCUCUUGCAUUCUUUUUAUAGAGAUCAGCUAUUUUUACUGGUGAUUUUGUAGCCACAAAAUGAUUGUCCUUUAGAAAAUGACAAAAAAAAAAAAAUGUACUUCCAAAAAUAAAAAUAAUAAUAAGCACUUCCACAGUGAUAGACUACAUGUUUUAGUCACUUUUGUAGCAGUGGUAGUUUCCUUGAUAAGGUUUUAUUUCUGUAGAGCAGGACAAGCUAUGGCUGUGCGUGAUGCGAGGUAACUUUGGAAAUGAAGUGUGUAGUUGGUUUUGGAUUGUGACCGUGUUUGUGUAUCCUUGUACCUGUGCUCAUUGGUAUCAGUGUUAAAAGAGAACAAUAAUGUCUGUUUUGUGGAGGUAUCGUUCAUUUCAGUGUUAUAUAUGGAAAACUUAAAUAAAGAGUCAAUAAUGUGA